CCUCCCCAGCCAUGUGGAACUGUGACAUUCCCAGAACCUGGAGGCCAGGCUACAACACAGAGUCAAUCAAUAACCAGGGAGAUCUAUGAUAUAGCCCAGUAGGUGGGGCCUUGCUGUCAUCUGCCAUAUGACCCUUCCAGUCCCAGGCUUCUGAAGAGACGUGGUAAGUGCAGUGCAGUUUUCAACUGACCUCUGGACGCAGAAUUUCAACCAUGAAGGUAACAGGCAUCUUUCUUCUCAGUGCCUUGGCCCUGUUGAGUCUAUCUGGUAACACUGGAGCUGACUCCCUGGGAAGAGAGGCCAAAUGUUACAAUGAACUUACUGGAUGCACCAAGAUAUACGACCCUGUCUGUGGGACUGAUGGAAAAACUUAUCCCAAUGAAUGUGUGCUAUGUUUUGAAAAUCAGAAGCGCCAGACUUCUGUCCUCAUUCGAAAAUCUGGGCCUUGCUGAGAACCAAGGUUUUGAAAUCCCAUCAGGUCACUGUGAGGCCUGGCUGGCCUGAUUGUUGAAUAAAUGCAUCGGAAUACUC